AAAACUGACUGACAGCCGGCGUUUAAAACAAAACGUUUUUAUUCUUUUCUCCUCGGUCUCGGUCUCCGUUUUCAUUUCAUAUUAAUUAUUAAACAAAUAACAUUUAUUAUUAAAUUAUAAAGUUCAAAUCAAUUGUUAUUCUAUGUGUGCUAUAAAAAACUUUUUAAGUAACAAAAAUUUUUAAGUGUGAGCAAUUUAUAAAGUUCAGUUUUGCAAAAUGAAUCAAACACAAAUGAUUGCACAAGCAGACUAUUUGGAUUAUGCUGGCAGCAUGCUGGAACGACAUGAUCUGAGAGAUAUCUCAUCACCAGGAUUACUAGAACUCACUGGUGUAAGUCAACAUGGAAUGGCAUCAGCUAGUGGCUUGAAUGACUAUGACUAUGAAAAUCUUUCCAAACUCUCUCUCGGACACAAACAAUUGGAACAAGUUACAACAGUCAACAAAAUUCCCAUACCCUCAGAGAUAUUAGAACAUUUUAAACAUAUCAAAUGCCACUGUAUGAUGGGAUUAUUUCCAGAAAUUGGAAGAGCGUGGUUGACCAUUGACUCGGAAAUCUAUAUUUGGACAUAUGAGCAAGCUCGCGACGUAGCCUACUACGAUGGCCUCAAUCACUUAAUUGUCAGUGUUGGAUUGGUCUGUCCAAAGGCUGGGGUAUUUAUUGGGGAUGUUAAAUACUUGCUUGUGCUAGCAACAUCGACAGAAAUCAUCGUUUUAGGUGUAACAUUUGGUGAUUCAACGAAAACCAUUUCAUCUCCAAGUAGAAACAUGCAGAGCGUGGCUACUUAUGAAGAAAUGCAACUGAUGAACAAACCUAUCUUCAUCCUUAGCACAGACAAUAUCACCAUAAAUGUAAUCCAGGGUAGCAACAACGGCCGAACCUUCCUCGGUGGGCGAGAUGGAUGCCUGUAUGAAAUCUACUAUCAAGCUGAAUCAAGUUGGUUUGGAAAGAGAUGUAAGAAAAUCAAUCAUUCACAGGGUAUUGUCUCUUAUAUGGUGCCAAGUUUUCUUAAAGUGUUUUCGGAAACUGAUCCUAUUGUUAAGAUUGCUAUUGACAAUAGCAGGCAGCUUUUAUAUGUUCUCACAGAGAAGGGAGCCAUUGAAGCAUGGGAUAUGGGCGAAGAUUGUAAUUCAAUGCGGCGGGUGGCUCGAUUGUCGCAAAAUGAAAUUGCUUACGCAUCAAGCAACAUAAUCAAGACUGUUGAUCCAUCGGUUUUCAAGACCAUCAAAUCAAUUUGCCCCCUAACUGCAGACGAUUGUCAAAAUCUCCAUCUUCUCGCUGUAACUCAAUGUGGUGUCCGUUUGUUUUUCUCAACAACUUCUCUCAUCCAAAGUCAUUAUCAGCAACAACAACAGCAAAUACUACAACACCAGCAACAGCAAAUUCAACAUCAACAACAGCAGCAACAAAUGCCACCUUCUUUCGCCGAACAGAAUAAACCCCAAGGCUUAUAUUUAUUACACGUACGUCUCCCACCGGGUUAUACACCAAAUACCACCAUAAAUAAACCAAAACAUGUGCAUUCAGCUCAUUACAAUGAAGGAACUCUUCUGCUGGUCUCAACUCCGCAACAAGAUCAAGAUAUCCUUUGGUCAGUAAGUUCGGCACCUUUUCCAAAUCGUCAGUUCCUAACCGAGUCAACGACUGUUCUGCCUCUGGACGGAAUUGUUUGGUCUUUAGCUGAAGUAAAAGAUCGGUGCAAAACCAAACUUACUUCAAUCCUACGAAAUGCCCAAAAACCCAAAAAAGUCGUACUCCUAACCAACCAGGGAGCACACAUCAUAGCGCUACUCAAACCAACUGAUAUCUUGCAACAGUUGUUGAUAGCCUGCCAUGGACCACAUCAUGAAGCGGUGAAGGCAUUUUUCCAAGUUCUAACUGAGCGAGAAGCAUGUGCAACAAGUCUGCUUCUGGCAUGUUCUGAAUUCUAUCGUGGAACCGAUCUAGCGAUGUGGGCAGCUCAGGCAUUUAUGCUCUACGGAGGUGAACCUGGAAUUCAGCACCAAAUGAUGAUGGGUGGCCAGAGUGGCCAGAGAGGUGGACAGCAUAUGAUGCAAUCUCAAAUGGCAGGCGCAUCGGACCGUAACACUCCACAGAUGUUUAUGUCAACUCCAAUGACAAUGCGAGGAGUGCAGCAACAGGCUUCAAUGCAACAAUCCCAAUAUCCUUUAAGUCCAAUUUCAAGUCAAACGACAUUGUAUGGUACAUCAAUGCAACCGGCUAUGAAUGACAUGGCAAGCAUUAUCUAUUCGGCCAAGCAUGACGGGCUCUACAUCUACGUAGCUCGUUUGAUUCGACCAAUUUGGAAGAAACGGUGCGUCGACUCAAAUCUCUGCAGCACUCUCACCCAAGAAGACUGUACUUUGAUUCUGGAGGAUUUGUAUGCUAUCAAGGCAUUUUUGGAAGCAAAUUCUGUGAAUGAAUUGUCCUGCAUCAAUCGUCCCUACAGCGCUCAAUCGACCAUGACAAACGGUUUCGGACAUCUGCUGCAAAAUACCAACAUGAAUGAUCAGCGAAAUGCCAACGAACAAGCUCAAGCAGAGGAGAAGAGGUCUCUAACGGCUUUGAAUUACUUUAUAAAACACACUUGUGAAGUUAUUGCUCUGUGGAAGAUCCUCUGCGAACAUCAAUUCCAGAUUCUCGUCAAUCAGCUGACCAAAGAGCAACAGAGUAUUUUGGCUUCUUGCACAUUUCGGGAUCUGACUUUGUCACGUGCCGAUUCAUGUGCUCUCUUAAUAGUAGCUCUGAUUAAUUCCUACCUUAGGGAUAAUGCGAGUGUCAGUUCGGUGUCGACCAAACUCAGAGACGUCUGUCCAAAUUUGUACCGUCAUGAGGAUGCUGUUUCAUUCAAAGCCACAGAAAUUCUCAUGAUGUCCAAGAAUUGCAAUAUUCCCGAUGAGAAGGACGAGAAAUUAAGAACGGCUUUGCAGUUGUGUAAAGACGCUGCUCCGAAUUUACCCUUGCCAAAUAUUUGCCAACAGUUCACAUUAGCUGGCUUCCAUGAGGGAGUUAUUGAGCUUGCAGCAACCUGUGCUGCUAAAAUCGAUCCCGAGGAGUUUGGUAUUCAUUUCUAUAAUAGUGACGAACCAGCAGAGGAUCGAGAAGGAUAUGCUGCCUAUGCAGCUAGAAUGAAUUGUUACAAAGAGGUUCGACUUAUGUUGGAUCAUGUUUAUCAGACAAUUUGCAAUACAAGUGCCAAUCAAGAAUUUGCACGUACAGUCUGCCCUCCCGACGAGCAGAAUCCCAAUUUGGCGAUAAUGCGUAUUGUGGCGAUAGUUGUCCAAAUCGUAGAUCCUCUGUUACAUGUGUGUAUCUAUGAGUGGCUCAUGGCACAUGAUAUGCUCUCGGAGUUGUUGGCCCUGGCAGAGCCAACGCUAGGAGAAUUCCUCCGCCGAGCUGUGGUGCGAAAUCCCGAAAACCUCAAAUUAAUUGAUUUGCUUUGGAAGUAUUACGAGAAGAAUGGUCAUCAUUCGCAGGCAGCUAGGAUCUUGGAUAAUUUGGCUACAACCCCAAGUGAAAAUAUUCCCCUCGUCCAACGGAUCGAAUAUUUGGCUAGGGCUGUGAUGUGUAUGAGAAAUGACGGAGUGGGAUAUUCCACAGUCAAUGGAAUUCUUCUCAAGGAUCUGGAAGAUAAAUUGGAAAUCGCUCGUGUUCAGAAAGUGGUUCUUGAUGCAGUUUCAGCUUUGGCAAUCGACAACAAUCCGAAUGCACGCAAAGCUGUAGGUGAUCUCAAUUACACCCUUUACGACAUCACACAGUUGUAUCAGAACUUUGCCGAUCCUUUCGAUCUAUGGGAAUGCAAACUGACCAUCCUCAAUUGCUCUCAUCACAAUGACCCACUUCUAAUUGAAUCGGUGUGGGGCCAAAUCUUGAACAACGCCGUCGAGGGCUCAGGUAGUCAGCAGGAAAAGUCUACACGACUUAUAUCAAAAGUUCAGUCGUUGGUUAAGGAAUUCGGUGAAUCGGGACAUUGUUUUCCAUUGGCAUUUUUAGUCAGAGAAUUGGAAAUCAAAGCGUGUCAACUGAGAUUGAGCGAAGGUGCCAUUCCUGAAGCACUAGUCAGUAUGGAAUUAGAUGUUGAAUUGUUAAUGGAUUAUUAUGCAAGAAUGAUUUCAAUGAACGAAAGAGUUUGGGCAAACGAAGGAAACGAAUGGCAUUUAGUGCAGUCAUCUAUAAAAGUUGUUAAUCUUUUAGCUAAUAGUGCGAAUACCAUUCCAACAAGAUCAAAAAGAAGAAUUGUAGCUAAAGCUCAGGAUAUUGUAUCAGCCUGUUUGAAUUUAUGUUAUCCCAAACCUGGAACAGAUCGUUUACAACAAGCUCUCAAAGAACUACAAAGUCGAUUGCAACGAAUUAAUUGAUUUUUGUUUGUUUUCAAAUAAAAUUCAUACAUCGCCACCGAGAGAGACGAAAAGAAGAAGAUGAGAGACCCCAAUUGAAAUAUAAGUUCUAUUUUGUUUGAUGAUUUUUUUUAUUAUUAUUAUUUUAGUAUAUAUUAUAUUUUUUUAUGUAAACUAAUUAUUAAUAAUUAUGUUGAAUAAAACAAUAAAAACAAAAAAUAAGAAAAAAAAAAAACAAUCAAAAAAGUUUAGCAAAAUUGAUAAAAAUCAGCUUGUUUA